GGUAUUUUGUAGAGGAAAUUGUGUGCCCAUAUUGGUUAUGAGCGAAAAUAUCAAUGUAAAAAUACGAAAUUAAAAAUACAGACAUAGUGAUAAAAGAAAACGGGAUAGAAGCAAAAGACGCGGGAAUAUUUUUACAACUAAAGAAAUUAUAGCAACAAAUUAAAACAAAAAACGGCCUCACCAUUGAUCAAUUUCUGCAACUGCAAGAGCGGAUACGUAACUUCGAGGGCAUGCUUGGCGGCAGCAGCGGGGAGCGUUUAUGCACGCCAAGCACUUCGGCCGGUCCGUUUCGCAUAUUCUCCGUGGCCGGUUUCCAGAAUCGUGCCAACGACAUUGUCUACUGUCCGCCAAUUGUGCGGCAGCAGUCACAGCAUGUUGAGGAGUCCAAGGCGAUCAUUUACUUUGGCGGCGAUGUGCAGGACUUUCCGGAGAGCAUGGAAACAAAUCGCGAUAGUCGUGGUUACAUGAAAUACAAUCUGGAGAACUCGGCGAUAUUGUUACGCGAAGCCUUUCCACAUUCCCACAUCAUAGUCAUACGGCCGGUUCGCAUGGAAUUCAAGACCUUCAGCUGCUUUGAUAACUUUGUGCGUGGCAAUAAUGCAGGUGUGCCGGAUCAUACACCCAUGAACCAUGCGUUGCAACAUUUAGAAAAACUGCUGCAGAAUCUGUCGCAACGCCUGAUCUCAAUACCCGAGAACGAGAUACUCGAUCAGGCGGCGCAGGCAGCUGCAGCAGCGGCUGCUGUUGCUGCUGCUGCUGCCGCGGCAGCGUUAACGCUCUCCAAUGCCACGGUUAACUCCGAGUCCAGCUCAUCCUCGUCGACGGCAGGCGACAACAGUCAAGAAAUGGACAUUGAUAUACUGCAAGUACAGGAGAAUGUAACAGUGGAUGCAGAUGGCGCGGUUAUUUUUCCCAUAGUAUCCGCUGGCACCACGGAAACUGGCGCGCCAUUAAAUAAUGUAGAUGGUGUUGGUAACGUUAACAAUGGCAACAACAAAGAUGCUGCCGUUAAUAGUCAUCAGGAGUCGAACAACCAACAGCAGCAGCAGCAGCAACAACAAUCAACUGCAAAGAUAGCGUCAACGACCACAACAACGCCAGUGACGAACAACGUGGAACACUGCAACAACAGCAACGAUUGCAGUGCAUCGCAAGCAACGCUUUCAACACAACAGCAACAACAACAACAGCUGCGAUCAACGCCGACAACGACAACGUCGGACAACAAUCCAUUGUGGUGGCGAGAGAAUCUUAAUCUGGACAAGUCGAAGCUGGUGCUGAUUGGAUUUAGCAAGGGCUGCGUCGUGCUCAAUCAAUUUAUCUACGAGUUUCAUUACUUGAAAACCCUGACGCCCGACGACAGCAGCAUGUGCCGACUGCUUUCACGCAUAACCGACAUGUACUGGCUGGAUGGAGGACACGGUGGCCAAAAGAACACUUGGAUCACAUCACGAAGUCUGCUGGAGACUCUGACACGAAUGGGCAUGAACAUACAUGUGCACCUCACACCUUAUCAGGUGCAGGACGACCGACGGCCCUGGAUACGCAAGGAGGAGAAGCUAUUCACGGAAAUGUUGCGGCGAUUGAAUGCACCCAUUACCCGGCAUCUGCAUUACGAUAACCAACCGGCGAAUUUAAUGACACACUUUGAAGUGCUACAAGCAUUCUGUCAGCAUGUCCAUUCACUCAACCAACAACAGCAGCAGCUGCAGCAACAUGGGGCAAAUAAUGAGCCAGCAACGGUUGCUACCAAUAACGGUGCUGGCAGCAAUAGCAACAAUCUGAUGGAUGCCAGCGAAGAGGCAAAGUGA